CCACAGAUAGGACCACUUCCGACAGUAUUCAGUCAGCAGCAGGAACAAAAAGAUCCAAAAGGAGGUAACAGAAUCGUUCAACAAUUGGAAUCACACCUCACACUGCUAUAUCUAUCUAAGCCAUGCAUAUUCGAAGGUCUGUGCUCUAGGUGAAGUGCACCAUUUGACUGACAAAUUAACAGACUUGCAUCAGGCUUAAUUACGACACUUACAAUCAAUUAUUCAAAGCACGGUGCACCUUCCGUCAGCUUAUCAGCACAGUCUGUCUCGAAAAGUUCUGAUCGUUGAGGCCCCCUACCUUCGGUAGUAAACAUACGAAAUAAAAAUUAAAUCAUCACCAACAGAACUCUGGCUACAUUCCUGCUUCCGCCGUAAAUCGCCAACCGCCAAUCGCCAAAUGAUAACGACGGUGGUAAAACAGUAUAAAUUUCAUUACGAUGCCACUCACAACGUGUCUUUAUAAUCGGAACAUAGCACCACCAAUAAGCAAACAUUAAUUACAGUCAUGAAAGUGAUGCGAAGUUUGUCACUAGUUGGCGUCCUUACACUAUGCAGUCUGGCGGCUACUGUCAAUGGCGACGAGCAGAGCAAAGUUGUCGGAGGCCAGCGGGCCGACGAGCGGAUUCCGUAUCAAAUAUCGCUCCAGGUUAUGAUCAACUCGUUCUAUGGAUUUGGUCCUAAAACCUGGGCACACAAUUGCGGCGGUUCGAUUAUUGCCCCACGGUACGUCAUCUCGGCGGCUCACUGUCUGGAUGACAUUGAGGCCAGCCGAUUGUCGAUUGUUUCUGGGACAAACGAUUUGCGGAACGACGGAAGCAAGGGAACACGUCAUAUGGUUGAGUGGUACAAAAUCCAUGAGGACUACAUAGAGUUGAAUCGAAGCGAUAUUGGAAUUAUCCGCGUGGACGAACCGUUUGUGUUCAACGAUAGUGUGCAACCUAUUAAGUACUCCGAUAACCAAGUGGGUGGUGGCGAAACAUGCCUUCUGACGGGUUGGGGCUAUACGAUGCCCAUAAGAAUCGGGAGGACGCCAAGUGAUUUACAGAAAGCGGAACUUGUCACCAUCACCAAUGAGGAGUGCAGAGCCCGAAGUUUUCCAGUCAAUCCUACGGAGAUGUGCACCUUUACGAGGAUAGGACAAGGUGCCUGUGGAGGUGACUCCGGGGGACCGCUGGUAUGCAACAAUGAACUCGCCGGAGUUGUGUCCUAUGGGACACGCUUCUGCGGCAUCGGCUCGCCGGACGUUUUCACACGCGUUUCCGAGUUCAAAUCGUGGAUAGACGCAAACCAAAAGUAACCCGAUACACACCACAGUCCAACAAAAUGAUACCCUUUUUUAUUGUAUUAAUAAUAAACCGAGAAGAAGAAUGAAACCGUGGAGUAUCAAAGUAGAUAGGAAAUGAAACAACGUGACAAGUGUCCCUCCGCACACGGAUGCUGUGGGAAACCCGAUAAAGUGUGAGUGCGUUGAGAGCGCACACAUGUUACCCUGCGAAUAAAUAAUAAUCAACCCCUUUUCCUAGCCUCCGUACAGAA